AUGCAAUAUGACCUUUCAUCAUUUAAUGUACGAAUCAUACCGAUGACUGAAGCCAAACAAGAUUUAAUCGAGUUAUCAACAAAUCCUUUAGAUGUAUGGAUAAAUACACAUUAUGAUGAAUUGUGUGCAGGUAUGACGUGUGAAAAUGCUCUAUUCUGCAAACCAUCAGACAUGAAAGACAAGAAUUUCCAAAUGAGUAUUAAGGAUAAAUGUGAUAGGAAACAUAGAAGAAUAGACGGUAAACAAACAUGGUGUUAUGUUUUGAAAGAAGAAAUGAAAGGAUUAUAUAAACAGGUUGAACCAAACGAUAAUGAUGAUUCAUUUACUGACGAUGAAAUACCUGUAAAUGAAGCUUUAUAA